GAUAGCAGGCAGCUUCCUGUUCAUAAGUCUGACUGAUUGUUACGCUCCUUCGUUGGAAGCGUGCAGUGUCACAGCGGAGCAGAGCAGAGACAUGAUUCCCCUUCUGCGAUUGGAACAGACUUCACUCCAGGACGACAGAUUUCAUCUUCUGGAAGACUGCAAUCAAUGACACAGCUGGGUCAGGAUGAUGUCCGGGAACACGUUGCACUCUGGGCAUAACACCUCCAUCAACUCCUCAAACUGCACUUACAACAGCACCUCACGUGACGAAGUAAUGAAGCAACUCUACUUCUACUUCUACCUGCUCAUCUUCAUCCCUGGACUGCUGGGCAACAGCCUAGCACUGUUUGUGCUGUGUCGCUUCAUCAGCAAAAAGACCAAAGCCAUCAUCUUCAUGAUCAACCUGGCCAUUGCUGACCUGCUCCACGUGCUCUCGCUGCCCCUGCGAAUCUACUAUUACUUCACCCUCUCCUGGCCCUUCGGUAAGGACCUGUGCAUGUUCUGCUUCUACCUAAAGUACCUGAACAUGUACGCCGGCAUCGCCUUCCUGGUGUGCAUCAGCAUCCAGCGCUGCACCUUCCUCAUGCGCCCUUUCUGCGCCAAGAAGUGGAAGCGCCGCUACGACGUGCGCAUCAGCGUCACCGUGUGGCUGGCGGUGGGACUGUGCUGCUCGCCCUUCAUCCUGAUGAGGAGCAACAGCCAGGCCACCAACUCGAGCUGCUUCAAGGACCUGCCCACGCACAAGCUGAGCCUGCGCCUGGCCAUGCCCAUGAUAGCCUUCGGCGAGCUCCUGGGCUUCGUCAUCCCCCUCCUCAUCAUCAGCUUCUGCUCCUACUCCAUCGGCCGCUCGCUCAGCCGCAACAACCCCACCCAGCAGAGCCCCGCCGACAAGCGCAAAGCGCUGCAGAUGGUGCGGGUCUGCACCGGAGUCUUCCUCUUCUGCUUCGCCCCCUACCACAUCAACUUCCUGCUCUACAUGCUGGUCUCCCAGGACGUGAUCAAGCACUGCCCUCUGCAGAAUGUGGUCCUGUACUUCCACCCCAUCUCCCUCUGCAUAGCUAGCCUCAACUGCUGCCUCAACCCCCUCAUCUACUACUUCCUGACCACCGAGUUCCGGGAGCAGCUCGUCCGGCACGGGAGCUCGGUGCUGAGGGGUCGUCUCAUGAGCAUGGAGAGCACCUCCUCCUACAGGGAGUAACAGGGUUAGGGUUAGGGUUACGGCCUGGCCACUGGCCUUGUGGGGUUAGGGCGCAGGCUGGUAGGGGUGCAGAGCAAACAGAACAGAAAAGUGCUUCACGAGGGCCCCCAUGAAAACCAAAAAACAAUGGUAAAUGAAGUUCUAAAUGCUGUUCGCACAAAUACGAUGGACAGUGUCGUCAGUGUGUAAGCACCACUGUCUCACAGGGAGAUGUGGUGGUGUGAACAUGGCCGACACUGUGAUUCCCUUUUCUGUUUAGCUGCAGUGAGUGGGCAUCAACAGCCUGCAUACAAUUCUGCCUUGUUCAUGUUGUUUUUUUUUUAGUUUGUUUGCCUAUUUUUCUGUGUGAUGUAGACCUGAGAUGGUAGUUUUAUUCCACAUCUAAUGUUUGUUAUUGGAUGUUUGUCUUGUCAUUAUAAUUUACAGUAUUAACAGACGAUGAUGCAAUAGAGAUCUGCCACAGCUUGGACCUCAGUUUAGGUCUCAGCUAAAACCUUAAGGAGUCCCUCAGACUUAAAAGUAUGCUUCACGGUGUUUUUUGAACCAGACUAUGAAUGUCUACACUAGGUAACAUCAAUUCUCUACCUAGGCAAUAAUAUAAGCUUACAAUUCAAAUGUAAAUAAUUUUUUUUUUUCAUUUUAAAAGUGAGGUAAAAGUAUGACUUUCAAAAGAAACACUCCUGGGGCCUGUUCUACAAAGCAGGAUAACAACACAAUGUUGGAAAAAGUAAAAAGAGCUGUUCUGGAUUUUCCUUUGUGCAGUUAUCUGGCUAACUCAGUAAUGCCACAUUGUAGAAUGGGCCCCUGGUAAGUGCUUCAGUAAUUCCAAUGUUAAAAGUUGCACUAUGUAAAUGAUAAAAUGACCAUAAGAAAUUUGUGAUGUUAAAAAUGACAGAAAAGCGUAAAAGCAUAUAUGACCGAUCCUUGUCUAACCUAUUUUUUUUUUUUUUUUUUUUUUUUACUGAUUUACACCAAAAAUCAGAGCUGUCCCCUUGUCCUUUAUUAGAGAGAAUCUGUAGUGGGCCUAAAAAUAUAAUUUCCUUGGCAAUGAUAGUUGGGGAGAGCUAUUUCAAAUCAGGGGUAUGCUCUCCUCGCAAUAACUUUUCAAUAAAAGCAGUGAUAAGUAGCAA